UUUGUUUUGGUUGACGUUUCUACAAAAGCAAUAAUUGCUUCAAAUCAAACAAUUUUUAGAAUUUUUUCUGUUUAGUUUCCCUCUUUUCUUUUCAUGUCUAGAAAUUGCAAUGGUUACAUACGAGAUUCGCUGGAUUUUUAUAAAAAAAAGAAGGAUGCGGGCGGCAGUUCGUCUGAAAUUGAGGAGAUUUUGCGCCAUUUCCAGAAAGAAGCUGUAGUGUUAUGUGAACGAUACGAUAUAAAACCCUAUCUACUAAAAAUGAAAAUGGAUGUGCCGCCAGAUUUGAGAGAACCAACUUUCGUGGCAAUGCAUGAAAUUGGCAAAUACCAAAAGAAAUGCUCGGUAAGAUUAAGGCGGGAAAACUUAGAACAACUGAAAGAGGAGUUUAUGAACAAUUUAAAGAGAAAUAUCGUCUAUACCACGGAUUUUACCUGUAACAUAUGCCAGAAGGUGUAUUUGAGCGAGGAGAAGCUGUUGAACCACCUGGAGAAUAAACAUGUAAUGUGUUAUAAACCUGAGAACAAGGUCCGCAAAAAGGUGUCGUUUUCCGAUGAGAUUAUCGUGCACGAAGUCAAAGAGUACCACAGGUGUCGAAAAUGCCCGAAGAUAUACGAAGAUUACGCCUCCUUGAAGGUCCACAUGAAAGAGGUCCACAAAAAACGUAGGUGUUACAUAUGUAUUUACUGCUCAAAGGAUUUUAUUGACAGAAUGUUUUUCAAAGUCCACGUAAAACUUCACUGCGAUGCGUGCGGGUUGCUGUUGCCAACUAGGAAACGCUAUUUGGAACAUCGGCGUACUGUAUGCAAAAUAGUAAAAAAAUAUGUGUGCAAAACCUGUCAUAUUUCCCUAUUCUACUUCAUGGAUUUGAAAGACCAUAGUUACGAACAUCUGGGACAAUUUUACAUCUGCGAUAUAUGUAAAGACCGGUUUGAUGAUAAGUGUGCGUUGUCCCACCAUAUAAAGUUCUUGCAUUCUAAAAGACGGCCGAAAACAUUGUAUACAACUCAUACUAUGGGUACGGACACAGUUUAUGUCUGCAAAUUUUGUGAACUAAGCUCUGCAAGACGUGAUUUGAUAGAAAAGCAUGUAUCUACGUUCCCUGAAUAUGAAAAGUGUGCUAUGACGGGCUAUAAUGACUUCUACUUUUGCAAUCAAUGUUUCGAAAAGUUCAGCACAGAGACAGAUAUGUUACAACAUAAGUGGUCGCAUUUUUUAAAAAGCGCUCAACAAAACGUAGAGGAAUUACCCAAGCCUGUUAACUUACUCAAUAAAAUGGACGUAAUAACCGAUAACAUAAUUAAUAACACUCAAAAUAAUGCAGAAGAUAAUCCAGAGGUCUUAAUUGACAGUACAACACAAAACACCCAAACAACGGAUUCACAAAAAUCUUUCAAACUAGUUUAUAACGUAAAAACUGAAAAACUGCCACCGUUACUUCAACCCAGAAUCGUUUUGGAAAAACUGCCCUUGCCACAAGACAUGUUACUGAAAAAUCUUUCGGCACAAAAGACAAAUAGUACCCCCGUUGAUUUUAUUGACCUAACAGAUUCAGAUCCUAAAACCCUAAAAAACCCCUUGGUAGCAAGACGUAGGACUUUAUUAUCAGAACAUCAAUGCAAGCUUUGCCUCCGGUAUUUCGCGUCCAAGUACACCCUGAAGCGGCACUUGUAUGCAAAGCACGGGGUUACAAUAGACGGUAAUAGUUAUCCACUCAAACUCAGUGCAAAAGGUAACCUCCAUUGCUAUGCUUGUGAAGAGGAUUUCGCGCUACCCUCAUUACUGAAAAACCAUAAUUGCAUACGGAUCAAUUUGCCUGAACCACCUUUCCAAGAUGCAAGACCUGACAUACAGAUAGACACAACCGCAUUCAACCAGCACAACGGCUUUGACGAUAUUGAGCACAAUUACGAUUAUAUGAAUUCCAUCGAUUUUGAAAUCCCAGCUCCCAUCGUCGAGUUAACAGAGUAUGAGAAUGUUAAUUUAGUCAUUAAUGACAACACCACAGUCAAUAAUGGUAACCAGAUUAAUGGACCGUUAAAUAAUUUGUCUGUUAAUAGCAGGCAAUUAAAUAGUGUGGCUCCGAUUAGUGGGCCGUUAAACAAUUUGCCAGUUAAUAAUAACAGACUGUUUAAUGGACCAUUAAAUAAUUUUACAGUUAAUGAUAGGCAGCUGAAUACGGUGGUUCAUAAUGACAGACUGUUUAACGGACCGAAUAAUUUGAUGGUUAACAAUCACAGACAGUUAAAUAAUAUGACAGUUAACAAUGACAGACAGUUUGGUAAUGUGAGAGCUAAUAGUCAUAGACAGUUUACCGGGCAUCCACAUAAUGUGCCAGUUAAUAAUGACAGACGGUUUAGCGGUCAAUUACACCAUGUGCCACUUAAUGACAGACAGUUAAGUAAUGUAACAGUUAAUAAUCACAGACCAUUAGCUACAAUGACAGUUAACAAUGACAGACUGUUAACUAAUGUGACUGUUAAUAAUGACGGUCAGAUUAACGGGCCGUUAAAUAAUGCACAGUUAAGUGGUAAGCGAUUACGUUAUAUAUACGUGCAGGAGGUACCUAUUGAGUUUUAACGACACUUAGUUUCUAAGCACUGUUUAAAUAUUAAGGUGAUGUGCUGCUGAGUUAAA